AUGGCACUUAAGAGAAUUCAAAGGGAACUCGUUGAACUCAGUAAGAGCCCGCCAGUUGGUAUAAGUGCUGGCCCUAUUGAAGACGACAUGUUCCACUGGCAAGGAACGAUUAUGGGACCCGCAAAUAGUCCGUAUAAAGGAGGCAUAUUUCGGGUCAGGAUCGAGUUUCCUCAAGACUAUCCGUUCAAACCGCCAAACCUAAAGUUUACUACACGAAUUUAUCACCCAAAUAUCGAUGACGACGGAGGUGUUUGUGUGAAUUUAUUGAAGAGCGAUGUUUGGAAACCGGCAACAAAGGUUUCUCAUGUACUCGAGGCUAUUGCCAGUUUGCUGGAGAAUCCAAAUCCUGAUGAUGCUUUAAUGGCAUCGGUAGCAGAAGUGUAUAAUACAAAUAAGACAAAGUUCAUCAAGACUGCCAAAGAAUAUGUAAAGAAGUACGCAUUGGCGUGA